GGGGAGGGGCUGAUCUACUGACGCAGGCGUGACACUACGAGCCAGUGGCCAGAGCGCAUGCGCACGUUUGCUCUGAACGGCAGGCAGAGGGAGAGAGCAACACCAGGAAAAAAGUGCUAAAGACAAAGGACUGGACAGCGCUUACGGAAAGAGUUCCCAACAUGUUCGGAUCCCCCUGUGCUUCAUGACAGUCUUUGAGACGGAGCAUGCCAGGAGAAGUACAACACUAUGGUGGGAAUGAUCUCAAGUGUGUGAAUUGGUGGCAAAAUAAAACCAAAGUGGAGACCUCUAAAACACAAACAUUAAAAGCUUUUGACUGACUCUGUUGCCACAUGUUAAAAGAAGACCCUUUGAAACAUUGGGAGGAUCUCAUUGUCUCAGCUCUUUUUACUGCGUGUAUUUGGAGAACAGGUGUGGUUUAUAUUGAGGAACUGAAGGUUUAAAUUACCUACGAAUCUCUACCUCCCCCUCGACCACUCAAGACCCUCUCCACCAAGAGGCUGAGGGUUGCCAUGGCAGUGAUCGCCAUGACGCCCAUGUAGCGUCCUGAAGGUAAAGGUAGCAGUGGGGCUGGAGGAGGCAUGGGAAGUGCUCCGUACCCAGCCGGGGAGUGGAAGGGCAAGGGCAGGGGAGGGCUCCAGGAGCUGGGAUGCAUGCCCUGGAAGGUCAGCAAGCAGAAAUCCCUUGGGGUGGGGGGAGAGGUAGUGAUGGGUGCUGAGGAGAGAAGGACCAUAGAUUCCAAAGACUGUCCACAACAAGAAGUGUCCUCCUCUUCUUCAUCUCUGUCUCCACAAGCACCUCCUCUGCCCUCUCACACACCUCCUGUCAUCUACCACGAAAAGCAGCGGAGAGAGCUGUGUGCCCUGCACGCUCUCAACAACGUCUUCCAAGAUGGUGCUGCCUUCAGUAGAGAAGCUUUACAGGAGAUAUACCAGAGGCUUUCACCAAGUACUCUAAUGACGCCCCAUAAGAAGAGCAUGCUGGGAAAUGGAAACUAUGAUGUAAAUGUCAUCAUGGCCGCCCUGCAGACCCGUGGAUUUGAGGCCGUGUGGUGGGAUAAAAGAAGGGAUGUGGGCAGCAUAGAGCUGUCCAACGUGACCGGCUUCAUUUUGAAUGUUCCGUCCAACCUGCGCUGGGGUCCUUUCCGCCUGCCACUCAAACGCCAGCACUGGAUCGGGGUCCGGGAGGUGGCAGGGACAUACUACAACCUGGACUCCAAGCUCCGGAGCCCACAGUGCAUCGGCAGUCCGGAGGAACUCAGGAAGUUUCUCCGUCAACAGCUGCGUGGCAAAAACUGUGAACUUCUGUUGGUGGUGUCCGAUGAAGUAGAGGCCCACCAAACAUGGCGGACCGAUAACUAAGGGAAGAAGUAGCUCAGCCACUGAACAGGAGGAAGUUGAGUGGCCUGUCGUUUGGAUGCACACUUACAAUUUUUUCCUUCCCUUUUUUUGAGUCUUGUUUACAACACCACUGCUGGACUCAUCUCCAAAGGGGGACAAAGCAACUUAACAGGGAGUAUCAAACCAAUCACAGUCCUUUUUUUUUUUUUGCGACACAGACUUGAAAAUUUCAAAAAAGAGGAGACAUUUUGUGUUUGUUUUGUUUGUUUUUUAAUAUAUAUAUUUACAAUUUUGUUGUUUUCUUGUAUACUCCAGUUGUAAAGAUAUUGGGUUGGGCAUAGUAAAAAAAAAAAAGCUUUAUACAGCCUACCAUCUCACCUAAGUGUGUUCCUUCCACCCACUAGCUCUCUGUUUCACUCAUCUGUCAAAAAACAUGUUACCAAUGCAUUUCUGUGUUGCAUUUUGUCCACCUACCCAACACCACUAGCCAAACCAAGCCUAGUUCACCUUUGCAACAAGCAAUGCAAACACCUUGCUCAAGCACUCCCUCUAGUGGAAGUUCUUUUUGGAUUGUAAUAUUUACAGGAAGUGAUUAAACUUUCUAUUGGGAAACAUUUUUUUUUCCAACCAAGUGAGUAAUAUAUAUUUAUUGACAAAGAUAUCACAAGCAAGUGCUAAAAAUACCAUGCCAAAUGCACAGUAAAUUUUACACACCAAAACUGUUUUAUAUCUGCCAAAUAUGUACAAGGAGAAACAUGUAAAUGUUUGUAGUUGUGUUAGAUUUCUUGGUUUUGUUAAGUGUCUGUCUGUAGAUGGAACAGAGAUGAAAAAUAGAGUGCCUAUGUAACAAAAACGUCUUGAAAAUGGUUGUUUGUCGAGCAAGAAAAGUGCAAGUUGUUGAAGGCUUCACAUGUCCAGCCAGUCGUGUGAUGUCGUGGUUGAAUAUUGUUAAGUGCGCCGAAGAAGAGAUUCCAGUGAUGAUGUAGCUUACACAUCAUUCAAUAGAAAUUUAUAUUGUACAUGUAAUUAUAUUGAUUAUAAUGGCCUUAAAAGUUUACAUUUAAACAACACAUUUUGCUCUAAAUUUGCACUAUAUAAACAUUUUUGGUGGAGGGUCAGCCACUUGUCUCAAGAAUGUUUUUGGUUUCCCAGGAAUGUUCCAGUAUGGUAUUAACUUAUCUAGAACCAUCUGCUUGUCUCCAUGGAGAUGACACUGUUUUAUGCAAUAAUGUGGAACAUUCCAGGCAAAGCAACAAUAUUUCCAGUAGAAUAGAAAUGUUUUGAAUUCAGACCCACCACCUAAAAACGUGCUUAGUGCCCUUUAAGAUGCAAAAGUGUGGUUGUAAAUAGCCAUUUCUGGACUUGAAUCAUUAGAUGUCAAAUCCAGCCAAGGACCUUAUGUUAUAAGAGUGACAUGGAAAGGUUUACUUAGGGCAUCACUUUUGUUGACACACAUGUGGACAUGUACUGUUCCAAUGACUUUUCUGUUAUGCCUUGACUGUAUGGCAAGUAUCACACACAAUCACAUGGAGAACUAUCACAUUUGCUGUGCCAUGUCAAUCCAAAAUGAAAAAAAAAACUUGCUGUAUUUUCUUUUGUAUUUUUGCAUAUAAAUAAAAAGCGUAUGUCACUUUAA